UGGUACGAAUUGAAUAUGCCCGAGUGUACCAGCGAAUUAUUGGAUGGAAGAAUGCUAUCGACUACCAUACCGGAAAGUCUACUCUGUCACACCAGGGACAUGAGGCCCAAACGGAAGGUGGCGGCCAAAAAGAAGGAAAGACGUCCUUCGUACAUGCAAAUGCGCUUGGAAAGGGAAAACUUUCGUAAAAAGUUGGUCGAAUUAAUUGCCCGUAAAGAUGAUGAGGAUGAUGUUGUCGAUGUCGAUGAGCAGGGAGGUAAUGCUAAUGCUUGCGCGGCAGCCAUGGAGCUGGAGGGAGAUUUUCCCAAUAAACAGGAAAAGGAGGUGUUGCGCUAUUACUACUACAUUAAGCACGGCAUCGACACCAUUCAUGUAUCGCCCAUGAGCAAAAAGGUGCUGAACAGGAUUAAAGGUCAAAUACCACCGGUCCUUAAUAAAUGGGAGAAUGCCCUGAAUGAAAAUAUCAAAGAGAUCAAAUCGGACUAUGUGUUCUCCAUGAAAAAAGCUGUGGUCGACUUUGUUUUACAAAAUUCUUUGGCUAAUCUGAAAGGUGACACCAAACUGGAGUUGACAAAUGAACGCAGGGAAGUGAAUGCCAUGUCAAAUAAAUGGAGAUAUCGAUAUGAUGAAAAUCGUUGUCGUCUUAAGAAAACCUUGUUUUGCAUUCAUCGAUCUGUGGCCAACAUAUUGGAGUUGUGGAACACUAAAUAUAAAGAGAUUACAUUGGUUGAUGCUGGCGAGUUGUCCAAGGCAAAGGGACCGUUUGAAUUAUAUGAGUUUAUGCUUAGCGUAGGCCGUCAAAUCGAUCAUACAAAAAAUCUCUUGGAAAAUCAAUGGUAUGAGGAGAUACAAGCAAUUCUCCUAAAGGCAGCCAAUAAAGGUCAAUUGCCCGAUAUAAGGAAAACAAAAUUGAUACAACGUUUCUACAAUUGUGUGGCUGCCUUGAUGACCCAGCAACUGGAGGAUAUGUGCAUAAGGAGUUUAAAUAAAUUUGCCGAUUUCAUAUGUGACUAUGGGAAAUCCAAUCCUGGCUUUAAAAUAUCCCUGAUGUUGGAAGAUGAGGAUGUCAUUGUUUUCAAUCCCAACUUUUCCAAAUUUCAAAGUGAAAUGGUUCACAUCAUUGAAUCCAUUGUCUUGGCUGUACAGAAUCUUUCACGUAUUGAGUACAAGUUGUACACGGAAUGGCCAACUGCCGAAAAAGUCACUUUGACACCGGCCAUACCUGAUUCGGUGAUAGCUGAAACACGCAAUCGCAUCAGUGCUCUACUGGAAGAGGAACGCAUUGGUCCCGAAUUGCGUUUACAAGAUUUUGAUGAGUACAUCGACUUAAUGAAUGGCCGAGAUGCGGAACGUAUUUCCAAAUUCAUUACCGCCCAACCAGCAUUUGAGGCAUUCUGUGAAAUGGUCCAUCAAUAUCGACAAAAGGAAGAUAAAAUUUCGCGUGAUAUAUGGGGUGUUAUACGCAUGGGUCUCUAUGAAUUCCAUCGCGAAAAGUUUAUAGCCACUUUGGAGAGCUUUGGACGUUAUAUGCAGGAACAAUUACUGGGCUAUAUGGUCAAUGAUCAGCAGAGCAAAAUCUCCAAAUUGGGUAAGGAAUAUGAGUCUAUUGCCAAAAAGGCUUUGACAAUACCCAAAGAUACUGCGGAGCUAAUGAGUCUCAAGGCCUAUGUCAUUAACACCGAAGAGCAUGUGGUACCGGAAAUGGAACAAAGACUCAGGGUCAAUAUGGGCCAUAUAUUGUGGUUGAUGGAUCAUACUUUGUAUUCGCCUUUGCAAAUUAAGAAUAACUCCAAUACCUUUCAAUGGUAUUUGAAACUUCCCUCAACCUUUGAGGAUCAUCGUGUAAUCAUUGCCGAUAAGACCAUAGAAUAUCAGGAGUUAUUGAAGAAACGCAUUGACACUUUUCGUCGAGAGCUGCAGACCUACUUUGAUCAGGUGCAGACCUAUGACGAAUGGGGUGAUAUCAAACAAUUGGCCAAGUAUAAGCGUAAGGCUACCAUAUUGGAUAAUCGUUUGGUGGUGGCCAUGGACACCAUUGAUCGCAUCAACGAGGAAGAGGUUUCAUAUGGCUGGGAUCUCUCGCAAUAUCCCAUACGCAAAAAGGCUCAUGAUCAAUUGAAGCCUUACAAAUCACUAUUCGAUGCUGGCCAAGAGUUUAUGGACAAAUACGAUUUGUGGAUGAAUGCCCAAGUGGGAGCUUUUGAUCCGGACAAGAUAGAAACCGAAGUGGCUAAUAUGUAUCGCAUUAUACAAAAGCUGGAAAAACAAAUGGGUGAUCAUCCCACAACAACGAUUUUAAUAAAGGAUAUCAAAGAACAAGUUGAAGCCUUCCGUGAACAUAUGCCCAUUAUUUCCACCCUGGGCAAUCCUGGCAUGAAAACUCGCCAUUGGGAAUUGGUCUCCGAGAUAAUUGGCUUCCCCAUUAAAGUCUCACCGGAGCUGACAUUGGCCCGCAUCAUUGAAUAUGGCCUGGAGGAUUAUGUGGCCAAGUUUGAAACCAUUUCGGAGAGUGCUACUAAGGAAAAUAAUCUGGAAAGAGCCAUGGCCAAGAUGGUGGCUGAAUGGGAAGAUAUAUCAUUUUCAGUAUCACCAUAUAGAGAUACGGGUACCUAUAAACUGGCUGCCAUUGAUGACAUACAAGUGCUAUUGGAUGAUCAAAUCAUAAAGACACAGACCAUGAAAAGUUCUCCAUACAUUAAACCAUUCGAAAAGGAUAUCUUGAAAUGGGAAGCUAAGCUGAUUUUGCUGCAGGACAUAUUGGAUGAUUGGUUGCGAGUUCAAGCCACCUGGAUGUAUUUGGAGCCCAUAUUCUCCAGUCCAGAUAUACAACAGCAGAUGCCAGAGGAAGGUAGAAGAUUCAGUGCAGUAGAUAAGAUUUGGAAAGAACUAAUGAAGCAAGUCAAUACUGAUUGCCGCGUCAUGGCUGUAGUGGAAAUUGAUAAAAUGUCGGAGAAGUUGAAAAAGGCUUUCAAUCUUUUGGAAAUAAUACAAAAGGGUCUAAAUGCGUACCUCGAAAAGAAACGCCUCUAUUUCCCCCGCUUCUUCUUUUUGUCCAAUGAUGAAUUAUUGGAAAUUCUUUCCGAAACCAAAGACCCCACACGAGUACAACCUCAUCUGAAGAAAUGUUUUGAGGGCAUUGCCACUUUGAAAUUCACCGAAGAUUUGGAGGUUACCAUAAUGCGUUCCUCAGAACGUGAAGAAGUCGAAUUGGUGGAUAAAAUCUCUACAGCCAAAGCCAGAGGUCAGGUGGAGAAAUGGCUUUUGGAAUUGGAAAUUGAUAUGAAAAAGAGUAUACACAAGAAAAUGAGUGAGGCCUUUCAUAGUUAUGCCAAAAGUGUAAGACAUGAAUGGGUGCUGAUAUGGCCUGGACAGUGCGUGCAAUCGAUAUCGCUUACCUAUUGGACUUUGUAUAUCACUGAAUGCUUUAUGACUGAAGAUCCUCCGAAAAGUUUGGAAAAAUAUUUGGAAACCAAUGUGGAGCAGAUUAAUCGCAUUGUUGAUUUGGUCCGCAGUGAUUUGAGUACCCAGAAUCGCAUAACUUUGGGUGCCUUGGUUGUAUUGGAUGUCCAUGCCCGUGAUGUUUUGGCUGAAAUUGUGGAGAAAAAAGUAUCACAGCUUAAUGAUUUUCAAUGGUUGUGUCAGCUUCGUUACUAUUGGGAAGACAAUACCUUGGAUACACGCAUGAUCAAUUGCUCCCUGAAAUAUGGCUAUGAAUAUUUGGGAAAUACUACUCGCCUGGUGGUUACACCCUUGACCGAUCGUUGUUAUCGCACCCUGUUCAGUGCCUUGCAUUUGCAUUUGGGUGGAGCACCUGAAGGUCCAGCCGGAACGGGUAAAACUGAAACAACAAAAGAUUUGGCCAAAGCUGUGGCCAAACAAUGUGUGGUCUUCAAUUGUUCAGAUGGUCUGGAUUACAUAGCAUUGGGUAAAUUCUUCAAGGGAUUGGCUUCAUGUGGUGCAUGGUCAUGUUUUGAUGAAUUCAAUCGCAUUGAUUUGGAAGUGUUGUCAGUGGUGGCCCAGCAGAUAUUGACCAUACAGCGUGGCAUUAACUCGGGUAGUCCCACAUUGGUGUUUGAGGGUACCACGCUGACCUUGGAUCCCACAUGUGCUACUUUUAUAACCAUGAAUCCGGGUUAUGCGGGGCGCUCAGAGUUGCCAGAUAAUCUGAAGGCCCUCUUCCGUUCAGUGGCCAUGAUGGUUCCCGAUUAUGCCUUGAUUUCUGAAAUCGAAUUAUAUUCCUAUGGAUUUUUAUCGGCUAAACCUUUGUCUGUGAAAAUUGUGGCCACCUAUCGUUUGUGCUCGGAACAAUUGAGCACCCAGUGCCAUUAUGAUUAUGGCAUGCGUGCUGUCAAAUCGGUUUUGAAAGCUGCUGGAGCCUUAAAACUGCGUUAUCGCGAUGAAAAUGAGGAUAUUUUAGUUCUGCGUUCCAUCAAAGAUGUUAAUUUACCCAAAUUUCUAAGUCAAGAUGUGCCCUUGUUCCAGGGUAUAACCUCGGACUUAUUUCCCGGUACGGUAUUGCCCGAAGCGGACUAUGUGGUCUUUAAUGAAUGCUGCCGUGAGGCCUGUGAAAGAAAUAACAAACAAUGUACCGAAUUCUUUUUGGAGAAGGUGCAACAGCUGUAUGAGAUGAUAGUGGUGCGUCAUGGUUUGAUGUUGGUGGGUUUGCCCUUUGGAGGCAAGACCACUUGUUAUCGCAUUUUGGCAGAGACCUUGGAAAAUAUGGAAAAAAGGAAUGGUGGUGAAAAUCGUGCCGUCUUCACCAUCAUCAAUCCCAAGGCCAUAACCAUGGGCCAACUUUAUGGCCAGUUUGAUGCCGUCUCCCAUGAAUGGAGUGAUGGCGUUUUGGCUGUCAGCUAUCGCCAAUACGCUGUCUCCGACUCACCCGAUCGCAAGUGGUUAAUUUUUGAUGGCCCCGUCGAUGCCAUAUGGAUAGAGAAUAUGAAUACGGUGCUCGAUGACAACAAGAAGCUGUGCCUGAUGUCUGGCGAGAUCAUACAGCUCUCACCCACCACAAAUUUGAUUUUCGAACCCAUGGACUUGGAGGUUGCCUCACCGGCCACUGUGUCUCGCUGCGGCAUGAUCUAUAUGGAACCCUCCUCCCUGGGCUGGGAAUGCUUGGUGACUUCUUGGAAAAAUAAGCUGCCCAAUAGCUUUCAUGCAGUGGCCAAACAAACGGUCUCGGCCUUAAUUUCCCGCUUCUGUCCCAUUUUGUUGUAUGUGGUGCGCAAGGCCUCGCUUAUCGAAAUAGCCCCCUCCUCCGAUGCCAAUUUGAUGGUUUCUCUUAUGAAUCUCUUCGAUUGCUUUUUGGAUGACUUCAGGGAUGACAAAUAUGUGGCUAGCCUUUCUGAUUUGGAUAUGCGAGCCCAGCUGGAGGGUGUUUUUCUAUUCUCUUGCAUAUGGUCUUUGGGAGCCACUUUAGAUUCGUCAAGCCGCGAAAAAUUCAAUUUGGUUUUCCGCGGCCUAAUGGAGAAGAAUUUUCCUGAAAAUCUCUACGAAAGCUUUGGCAUUCCAGAGGCCUUGCAUGUCCCUGUUCUGGCUAAGCCCUUUAUUUUCCCCAUACCCAAGCAAGGCUCAGUAUUUGAUUAUCGCUUUAUCAAGGAGGGCAAAGGCAAAUGGAAGCCUUGGCAGGAUGAUGUGGCUGCUGCUCCGGCCAUCAGUCGUGAUAUACCAGUCAACCAAAUCAUUAUAGUCACCAAUGAGUUUGUACGCACCACUGCCAUUUUAGAUCUGCUGGUUAGGCAUGACAAACCUGUCAUGUUUGUGGGACCCACGGGAACCGGCAAGAGUUGCUACAUCAUAGACUAUAUGCUAAAGAAAAUGGAUUUACUCGUCUACAAACCUUUGCUAAUCAACUUCUCGGCCCAAACUUCGGCCAAUCAGACCCAGGAUAUUAUCAUGUCUAAAUUGGAUAAAAGGCGUAAGGGAGUCUAUGGCCCUCCUUUGAAUAAACGUUUCGUCAUUUUCGUUGAUGAUGUCUCCAUGCCUUUGAAGGAGAAUUAUGGUGCCCAGCCUGCCAUUGAAUUGUUACGCAUGAUGAUGGAUCAUUGGAUGUGGUAUGAUCGUAAGACCAUAGUUCCUUUGAAGCUGAUUGAAAUACAAAUGAUUUGUGCCAUGGGCCCUCCGUCGACGGGCAAUACCAUAACGCCCCGUUUCCAGAGACAUUUUAAUGUCUUGUGCAUUGAUGAAUUCAACGAUGAUAUAUUGCGAACAAUUUUUAGCAAGAUUAUAUUGUGGCAUUUGGAUACGAGAGGUUUCUCCAAGGAAUUUGAUCCCUGCAUUGAGGAAAUAGUCACCGCAACUUUGACCAUCUACAAUCAGGCCAAAAUAAAUUUAUUGCCUACGCCAGCCAAGUCCCAUUACCUCUUCAAUUUGCGUGAUUUCGCAAGGGUUAUUCAAGGAGUCCUGCUAUCAGUGCCCGAAGCCACAGAGGAUCUAAACUCCAUGCGUCGCUUGUGGGUUCAUGAGGUAUUUCGUGUCUAUGGUGAUCGUCUGGUAGAGGAUGCUGAUCGUUCUUGGCUUUUUGAUACUCUUUGUGAGCGCAUGCGCAAAAGCUUCAGCAUCGAACCUGAAGAGCUAUUCGAACGUUUUGUUCAGAAGGGAGAUAAACUCACUGAAGCCGAUUUCAGGAAUUUAAUAUUUUGCGAUUUUACCAAUCCCAAGGCGGAUACCAAGAACUACCUGGAGGUGCAGGAUUUGGAUGAGUUGAGAAAUGUGGUGGAAUCCUAUUUGGUGGAGUAUAACAAUAUGUCCAAAAAGCCCAUGGAUUUGGUGUUGUUCCGUUUUGCCGUGGAGCAUUUAUCGAGAAUAUGUCGCAUUAUAAAGCAGCCACGUAGUCAUGCUCUGCUCAUUGGGGUCGGUGGCUCCGGGCGUCAGAGCUUAACUCGUUUGGCUUCGCAUAUAUGUGACUAUGAGUUGUUUCAAGUGGAAAUUUCUCGAUUAUAUGGCCCAAAUGAAUGGCAUGAGGAUAUGAAGGUUAUGUUGCGUAAAGUCAGUUCAUCGGAAAUGCAUGGAGUGUUCUUGUUCACCGAUGUACAGAUUACCGACGACACCUUUUUGGAGGAUAUUAAUAAUCUCUUAAAUUCCGGUGAGGUUCCCAAUCUCUUUACCAGUGAAGAGAAAACCGAAUUAGUGGAGAAAAUGGCCCAAAUCGACAAGCAAAGAGACAAGGCGGUGCAGACAGAUGGUAGUCCAGUGGCUUUGUACAACUUCUUCGUAACAACCUGCAAGGAUCAACUUCACAUUGUUUUGUCCAUGUCACCCAUUGGAGAGGCCUUGCGCGUACGCAUUCGUAAAUUUCCCUCAAUUGUGAAUUGCUGCACCAUUGAUUGGUUCCAGGCAUGGCCUGAGGAUGCCUUAUUGGCAGUUUCAACCAAAUUCUUAGCCCAAGAAGAUUUAACCGAUUUGGAGAGAAAGGCCGCCAUUGAUAUGUGCAUGGAGUUUCAUACUUCAACACAGGCCUUGUCAGAGGUCUUUUACUUGAGGUUGAAAAGGCAUAACUAUGUGACCCCUACAUCUUAUUUGGAGUUGAUACAAACUUUUAAGGGUUUGCUGAAUAAGAAGAGAGCUUUCAUACUUUUAAACAAAAAUCGUUAUCUGACUGGCAUCUCCCAGCUGGAUAAUGCCGCCCAACAGGUGGGUGAUAUGCAAGAGCAGUUGGAGUCCUUGGAGCCCAAAAUUAAAGCUGCUGCCGAAACGGUGGCCAUACAAGUGGCCAAAGUCACUGAAGACAGCAAGGCUGCAGAGGAGCAACGAGAGCUGGUUAAGGCUGAUGAAGCUGUAGCCACUGAGCAAGCCUUGAUAGCUCAAGAGAUCAAAGACGAUUGUGAUGCCAAGCUGGGCGAGGCUUUGCCUAUACUGAAUGAAGCCAUGGCUGCCUUGAACACCUUAACCCCUGCCGACAUUGCCGUUGUAAAGACCAUGAAAAGUCCUCCUGUGGGAGUGCGUAUUGUCAUGGAGGCUGUAUGUAUUCUCAAAGAGGUCAAACCUGAUCGUGUGGCCAAUCCCAGUGGUGUGGGCAUGAUCGAGGACUAUUGGGGACCUUCCAAGAAAGUCUUGAGUGACAUAAAAUUCCUGGAUAGUUUAUUGAAUUUCGAUAAGGACAAUAUACCACCAGCUGUUAUUAAGAAGUUGCAAGAACGAGUUUUAACCAAUGAGGCUUUCGAUCCGGAAAAGAUUAAAGCAGCUUCAACAGCCUGUGAGGGAUUGUGCAAAUGGGUUAUAGCCUUGACCAAAUAUGAUGUAGUGGCCAAAGUGGUGGCUCCUAAAAAGAUAGCCCUGGCUGAGGCAGAAGAAGUUUAUAAUGCUGCCCAAAGAGUUUUAGAUGAGAAAUUGGCUCAACUGGCCCGAGUGGAAGCAAAUUUGGCAGCCAUACAAAAGGUGUUGGAAAAACAACAGAAGGAAUAUGCAAUCCUCCAAGCGGAACAUGAAGCCUGCACCAAAAAACUACAGCGAGCUCAAGAGCUAAUUGCCGGCCUAGGUGGUGAACGCACUCGAUGGUCUGAGACGGCCAAGCGAUUGGGUGAAACAUACAAUACCCUAACGGGUGACAUACUAAUCUCCUCCGGAGUGGUAGCCUAUCUUGGUCCCUUUACCAUUGAAUAUCGCGUUGAACAGACACGCAAAUGGGUUGAGAAGUGUGUUGGUUUCGGUGUGGUAUGCAGUGAAGAUUUCCAAUUAGUCAGUGUGCUGGGUGAGCCAGUGGAAAUUCGCAAUUGGAAUAUAUGUGGACUGCCAACAGAUUCGUUUUCCAUUGAAAGUGCCAUUAUGAUGAAAAAUGCUCGCCGUUGGCCCCUGAUGAUUGAUCCCCAAGGUCAGGCAAAUAAAUGGAUUAAAAAUCUCGAAAAGAACAACAAACUAUGUGUGAUACGCUUAAAUCAGCCAGACUAUACACGAGUAUUGGAAAAUGCCAUACAAUUUGGAUUGCCGGUGUUAUUGGAGAACAUAGGAGAGGAAUUGGAUCCAUUGUUGGAAUCGAUACUUUUGAAACAACUUUUCAAGCAAGGCGGAGCGCUAUGCAUUAAAUUGGGAGAUUCGGUUAUAGAAUAUAAUCAUAAUUUUAAAUUCUAUAUGACCACCAAACUGCGUAACCCCCAUUAUUUACCCGAGGUGGCGGUAAAGGUAACUCUACUGAAUUUCAUGAUCACCACCCAAGGCCUACAGGAUCAAUUGUUGGGUAUAACAGUAGCCCGUGAACGUCCCGAUUUGGAAGCCGAAAAGAAUACUCUGAUUGUUCAAGGAGCUGAGAAUAAACGCAUGCUCAAAGAGACAGAAGAUCAAAUUUUAGAGGUUUUAUCGUCGGCGGAAAAUAUUCUCGAAGACGAAACUGCUGUACAAGUUCUAAGUUCAUCCAAGGCUUUGGCCAAUGAUAUUAACGAGAAACAGAUUGUCACCGAAACGACAGAGAAACAAAUUGAUACGGCCCGUUUGAGUUAUGUGCCCAUAGCAGAACAUUCUACAAUACUCUUCUUUACCAUAGUUGAAUUGGCCAACAUCGAUCCCAUGUAUCAAUACAGCUUAGCCUGGUUUGUGGCCUUGUAUACCGCAUCCAUUGAUAACACGGAAAAAGUCGACGAUAUAGGAGAGCGUUUAAAGGAUCUGCGCGCCCAUUUCACCUAUAGUUUGUAUGUGAAUAUUUGUCGGAGUCUAUUCGAAAGGGACAAACUGCUUUUCUCCUUGAUUCUUAACAUCAACCUCAUGAAGGCAGAGGGUAAAAUUGACAAUGCAGAAUGGAUGUUCCUGCUAACUGGCGGCAUUGGUCUCGAUAACCCCUUGAAAAAUCCCGCCAAAUGGUUGGGCAUACAAAAUUGGAAUGAAUUGUGCCGCUUGGCGGAGUUAACCCACUUCAAAGGAUUGCGUGAAGAUUUCGAAGCAAACUUAGAAAAAUGGAAGCAUUUUUAUGAAUCAGCUACACCUCAACAUUUUGAGGAGAUACCCUCGCCUUGGGAUAAGAUGACUAUGAUGCAAAAGCUUUUACUGCUGCGAGUAUUCAGACCUGACAAAUUGGUGCCAGCUGUUAUGAGAUUUGUGGCCGGAGAAAUGGGUGAUAAAUUUGUAGAGCCACCUCAAUUCGAUUUAGCGGCCUCGUUCAGUGAUUCCCAUUGCUGUGUGCCUUUGAUUUUUGUACUUACUCCGGGUUCGGAUCCCACAGCAACUCUGCUGAAGUUUGCCGAUGAACAAGGAUUUGGCACCAAUCGUUUAUUCUCCCUUUCUUUGGGACAGGGUCAAGGACCCAUUGCUGUUAAGAUGAUAGAUGAAGGUGUAAAGGUGGGCAAUUGGGUGUUAUUGCAAAAUUGCCAUUUGGCUAAAAGCUUUAUGCCUGCUUUGGAGAAAGUAUGCGAAGGCAUGGUGCCCGAUUCCACACAUCCCGAUUUUCGUUUAUGGCUAACCUCCUAUCCGGCAGAACAUUUCCCCGUGGUGGUGCUGCAAAAUGGCAUCAAAAUGACCAAUGAACCUCCCAAGGGACUACGCUCGAACAUUGUAAGAUCUAUGCUAUCGGAUCCCAUAUCCGAUCCUGAUUGGUAUGAUUCCUGCAAACAAAAUCAAACAUUCAAGCAAUUGAUCUACUCGCUGUGUUUCUUUCAUGCGGUCAUACAAGAGAGAAGAUAUUUUGGACCCAUUGGCUGGAACAUACCCUAUGAGUUCAAUGAAACGGAUUUGCGCAUAAGUCUUAUGCAGCUGAAAAUGUUUUUGGAUCAAUAUGAGGGUGUGAACUAUGAUGCUUUGCGUUAUUUGACCGGUGAAUGCAAUUAUGGUGGCCGAGUGACUGACGAUUGGGAUCGAAGAACAUUGAAGACCAUAUUGAAUCGUUACUAUUGCCCUGAGGUUCUGGAUAUAGAAACUCCUUUCUAUUUUGAUGAUAAGCAGCUGUACUAUAUACCGGUCUACAUGGAAGUGGUAAAUUAUUUGAACUAUACCAAAGAGUUGCCUCAACAGACGGUGCCGGCCAUUUUUGGUUUUCAUGCCAAUGCGGAUAUUAUGAAGGAUCAACAGGAAACGGAUAUGCUGUUGAGUCAUACACUGUUGACACAGGAUACUUCAACCUCGGCCGAGGAGGGCGAUAAUGAACGUCUUACUCCCGAGGAGGUGGUCAUUAAUGUGGCCACCGAUAUUCUAAAUCGUUUACCCAAAGAUUUUGAUCGUGAUGCCACUUUGGCUCGUUACCCCACAAGUUAUCAUCAGAGCAUGAAUACGGUGUUGGUGCAAGAAAUGGUGCGUUUCAAUGUUUUGCUGAACACAAUACGCUCAAGUUUGGAGACUUUGCGCAAGGCCAUAAAAGGUUUGGUGGUUAUGUCUGCUCCUUAUGAGGCCGUUUAUAAAUCGAUUUUGAUAAGCCGCAUACCUGCUAUGUGGGCCUCCAAAUCUUAUCCGAGUUUGAAACCUUUGGGUGCUUAUGUUACCGAUUUUCUGCGACGUUUGGAAUUUUUGCAGAAAUGGUAUGAUGAAGGUCCACCCACAACCUUUUGGCUUUCUGGCUUUUUCUUUACUCAAGCCUUUUUGACAGGAGCCCAACAGAAUUUCGCACGAAAAUAUGUCAUACCCAUUGAUUUAUUGGUUUUCGAUUACGAAGUUUUACGCAUCGAAGAAGACCAGGUGGCUACCAUGGUGGCUCCCGAAGAUGGUGUCUAUGUCUAUGGUGUAUUUUUGGAAGGAGCCAGAUGGGAUCGUGAAGGCAACUUUUUGGCCGAAUCACUGCCAAGAGAAUUAUUUGAUCGCAUGCCUUUGAUAUGGAUGAAACCGGUAAAGAAGUCAGAACUGAAGGAACGACAUGUCUAUGUGUGUCCCCUCUAUAAGACGGCUGAACGCAGAGGUGUGCUUUCCACCACAGGGCAUAGUACAAAUUUUGUGGUGGCCAUGUUGUUGGAGUGUAAUCCUCAGACAGAUCCCUCGCAUUGGAUUAUAAGGGGCACAGCACUGUUGUGCCAGUUGAGUUAUUAGAGAUGACUGCCUAGGAACAUUUUUACCAUAUAUCUCUUUGUUUGUUUUUUGGUUUUACUUGUAUUUUAAUAAACUCUUUACUGGAAUUUUUAUUCCGCA